GCAAGAUGCAGGAAAGUACUGAAACCGCUCUAGACUCGGAUUGAAUAAUUAUGGGGCUUGGUGUGCAGGCAUCAAGAUUCCAAGGCGGCACGUUUCAACGUCAGUUCAGAGUAUACCAUACACAGAGGAUAGCAUGGAUAGAGGAAAGAUAUGGGUUUAAACAUAGACAAGCAGGAAGGAGAGGGAGGAAUAUAAGUGUAGAGGACCAAUGGGGGGGAUGGUACAAAGAAACAAUCAGGCGCAUUCGGAGUACAAGCAUGUAUACAGGAUCGACAUAGCCAUCCAUUCAGAGAGCCGCUCCAACGCGUCAACUUCCUCCACUGUUGCAAGACCUCCUCUCCUCCCAUUCCCUCAUUCCUCAUUACCAUUCCUAUUCUCUCUCCUUACUAUUUCUCACCACCAGUCACUCUUUUGACAGUCCUUCGUUGAUAUAUAUCAUGUUACUACGCUUCCUAUCAGUCCUCUAUCUCGGUGCAUGCACCGCACUAGCCACACAACCUCGGAAUGAUACUCUUGUGCAUCGGUCAGACGUCAAUCAAAUCCGUCUACCAUGCGCGCCAUGCGCGUUCGCAGAUACUACCUGUUCGCAGGAUAGAAAGCCAAAUGCAUACUUGACCGUCGACUUCACAAUGACAAACGGCACACUUGCCGCCAACGACAUCCCUAUCUUCCCAUCUACCUCCAUGGAUAUGCAGCUCCCGGCUACCCGCCAUUGGUCCUCGAGAACAAGCAAAGAAACUGAAGAGGUUCAUUUAACCUACGCCCUGCAUACACAGCGAGUUCCGCCGCGCGCGCAGGGGAAGUUAUACCGUUUUACAAUAAAUCUACUCGAUAGCCAGGGUCGACCCGCUACCACGGAUCUAGUCAGUCUUACGCUUGUCCGCAAUGCAGAGGAGCGACUCGUGCUGUCAAGUAUCAGGGUGGAGCCAGCAGUGCACCACGCCCAGCACUGGAAGCUGAAGUAUUGGAAGACGCAGGUUGGGGGAUACAUGGUCACCGUGAAAGAAGCAGUCAAGAACCGGCUGCACGGGGAGCCAAAAUCCUCAGACAAGCUACUCAUCAUCGACGGACACCGUCACUCAACAGAGUCAGAGCAGGGUCUCGACUCCACACCAAAAAUCCCGUCAGACGACGACUCGCAUUUCCAGAUCCUCUCGCUUUACCAAUUCACUUAUUACCCCUCACAGCACAACAGUUCCAAUCGUCAUUUCCUGCGCCUUGUCCGGCCGAUUAUCAUGCCGGCGUUGCUGGGCAUUAUGGCUGGUUUUGUGGCAUGCGUGAUUGGAUUCCUGGUUGGGCGGAUCGGAGCCUCGAUUUAUUUCCAUGUACGGGGUAAGAAACAGACUGGUUCUGCUUCGGCAGCGGAUGUAGAGGAGGGCUUUGUUUCGGAGAAGCAGAGACUUUUAGAGAUGUAUGAGUAGUGCCAUUCUUUAUCAUUUCUUUUUAAACCUGAACCCAAAAUAAACUGGAAUAUAUAAACAGUAGGGGCUGAAAAAUGCCAAUAAGGCCGGC